ACAAACGAACCAAAACAUUCUUUCUUGCACUAAGGAGCAGUUACUGACAAACAAGGAAGCCUUGCUACCUUGCUUUGAUUUUGUUGGUAACUAUCUUAAAAAAACAUUUCACUAGCCAUAGCUCUUGAAUUGUUUUUGUAUGGCAUGGAUUCUUGUCACAUAUGAACACUUAUAACUAUAGGUGUGCUCUAGAGUCAUGGAGGGGAUGGCUCCGAAUUCAUGUGCCAGGCCAGUUUUAGAGAAGAAAGCAAGGCCACAAGAGCAACUGAAUUGUCCAAGGUGCAAUUCAACCAACACCAAGUUCUGCUACUACAACAACUACAGCCUCACACAACCCAGAUACUUCUGCAAGACUUGUAGAAGGUAUUGGACAGAAGGAGGGUCCCUGAGAAACGUUCCAGUUGGAGGUGGUUCUAGGAAGAAUAAGAAGGUAACUUCAGCAACUUCAUCAUCAUCAUCAUCAUCAAAGGUUCCAGACCUAAACCCACCAAACCUCUCAUCAGUCUCAGCCCAAAACCCUAAAAUCAUGCAUGGAGGCCAAGAUCUCAACCUGGCUUUCCCAUCUAUGGACAAAUACCAUCAUGGCAUGCCCCCUUAUGUUGAGAUGCAGCAGCAGAACAACAGUGACACCACUCAUCACCACCAACACCAAACCUCUUCUUCUUGUUCUGCUCCUCCAGCUUCUCUUUCAGCCCUAGAGCUUCUAAGGUCCAGCAUGGCAUCUAGGGGUUUGAACCCUUAUGCUCCUUCUUCCUUGAUCCCAAACUCAACAAACAACAAUGCCCUUUACCCAUCAGGGUUUCCCAUGCAAGAAGUUAAACCAAGCCUCAGCUUUGCUCCUUCAGUUGAUGGCAUGGGAAAUAGGUCAUAUGAUCAUCAGGUCCAAGAGAGGAGUGGUGGAAGGGUUUUAUUCCCUUUUGGAGAUGUCAAGCAACUUUCUGCUUCAGGUGCUGAAGUGGAACACAAUAAAGAACAAGGCAAUUCAACUGGAUAUUGGAGUGGAAUGAUUGGUGAAGGAACAUGGUAAGAAAGAAAAUGGGAAGACAAAGGAAAAUUAAGAGAUCAACAUGCAUUAAUUAAUAACACUAUAUAUAUAUAUAUUAUAUAUAUCUUCUUUAUUUUGAUCUUCGCAAUUUUUAUCUCUCCACCACAACAUGGAUAUCAUUUGCCUGAAGUUGUUCAGAACUAACAAUAGGACACACAUGGUUAAUUAUUUACUUUGUUUUGUACACACCGCCUUUGUUUAUUUGAGAGAACGUGAGGAUUUUAUUACAUUACAUCUCAUCUCGGUCGUCUUUAGUUUUUUUCUAUAUAAAUAUAUAUAGACAUAGAAGAAGAGGUAGUGAAUAUUGGGCCUGUUUUUGUCCAUGGCACAUGCAAUUCCUGUAUUCAUGAAUUCUUCUAUGACAAUUAAGCAGAUGAUCGCCUUCAUUUGUACGUAUGAAUUUUCAAAGGUUUGGUUCAAAGAACUUUUGGGGUGAUGAAAGAGAGAGAGUUGAUUAGGUGUUCUAAGUUUGAAAGUGUAACCAUAAUUAUAAAUUUGGUUGA